AUGAGCUCCCACUCUUCCUCUUUACCCUUUGGGUCUGAACGUCGAGCCCGCAGCACGUUGAAGAAGGUCUUUGGGUUUGAUUCUUUUAAGACACCUUUACAAGAGAGUGCGACCAUGGCUGUAAUAAAAGGGGACAAGGACGUCUUUGUGUGCAUGCCUACAGGGGCAGGAAAAUCCCUCUGCUAUCAGCUCCCGGCCUUGCUGGGCGCAGGCAUCACCAUCGUGGUUUCUCCUCUCAUUGCUCUGAUUCAGGACCAGGUGGACCACUUGCUGGCCCUGAAGGUCCGAGUGGGCUCUCUGAACUCGAAGCUGUCAGCACAGGAGAAGAAGGAGCUGCUUUCGGACCUGGAGCGAGAAAAACCCGAGACCAAGCUUCUGUACAUCACCCCAGAGAUGGCCGCCUCGGCCUCCUUCCAGCCCACCCUCAACUCCCUGGUGUCCCGGCACCUGCUCUCCUGCCUCGUGGUGGACGAAGCACACUGCGUUUCCCAGUGGGGGCAUGACUUCCGCCCUGACUACUUGCGUCUGGGGGCCCUGCGCUCCCGCCUGUCAGCCACCCCGUGUGUGGCCCUCACCGCCACAGCCACCCCACAGGUCCAGGAGGAUGUGUUUGCUGCCCUGCACCUGAAGCCGCCAGUGGCCACCUUCAAGACGCCCUGCUUCCGGGCCAACCUCUUCUAUGACGUGCAGUUUAAGGAGCUGCUUUCCAACCCCUACGAGGACCUGAAGGAAUUCUGCCUCAAGGCUCUCAGACAGAAGGCUGAUAAGGGGAGUUCAGGCUGCGGCAUCGUGUACUGCAGGACCAGAGAGGCUUGUGAACAGCUGGCGAUUGAGCUCAGUUACCGGGGCGUGAAUGCCAAGGCUUACCACGCAGGGCUGAAGGCUCCUGAUAGAACACUGGUGCAGAAUGAGUGGAUGGAGGAGAAGGUCCCUGUGAUUGUUGCCACCAUCAGUUUCGGGAUGGGCGUGGACAAAGCCAAUGUCAGGUUUGUUGCCCACUGGAAUAUUGCCAAGUCGAUGGCGGGGUACUACCAGGAGUCUGGCCGGGCCGGCAGGGAUGGGAAGCCUGCCUGGUGCCGUCUCUAUUACUCCAGGAAUGACCGGGACCAAGUCAACUUCUUGAUCAGGAAGGAAAUAGCAAAACUCCAGGAAAAGAGAGGAAACAAAGCAUCUGAUAAAGCCGCCAUCGCAGGCUUCGACGCCCUGGUGACCUUCUGUGAAGAACUGGGGUGCCGCCACGCUGCCAUUGCCAAGUACUUCGGGGAUGCGCCCCCCACCUGCACCAGGGGCUGUGACCACUGUCUGAACCCCGCGUCCGUGCGAAGGCAGCUGGAUGCUGUGGAGCGCAGCAGCAGCGGCUGGAGCAGCACCUGCAUCAGGCCCUCCCUGGGCAAUGGCUUUGACCCUGAGCUCUACGAGGGAGGUCGCAGGGGCUACGGGGGCUUUAGCAGGUACGACGAGGGCUCUGGAGGCAGCGGGGAUGAGGGCCAAGGCGAGGCCCACAAGCGGGAGUGGAACCUCUUCUAUCAGAAGCAGAUGCAGCUGCGCAAGGGCAGAGACCCCAAGGUGGAAGAGUUUGUACCCCCAGAUGAUGACUGCCCCCUGAAAGAGGCUUCUAGCAGGAAGAUUCCCAAGCUCACAGUGAAGGCCCGAGAACACUGCCUCCGGCUCCUGGAGGAAGCCCUGCACAGCAACUGCCAGGCUGCCAGUGUCACUGAGGGAGCUGACCCCCUGACCAGAGCUGUGGAGCUGGAGCACGAGACAUUCCAGGCCACUAGGAUGGCCAAUCUGUACAAGGCCAGCGUGCUGAAGAAGGUGGCUGAAAUCCACAAAGCCUCCAAGGACGGACAGCUGUACACUGACGUGGGAUGUGGGGUCAAGGGCAGGGGUGCCCAGGCUGAGCCCCCAGAGCCCAGUGAACAUGACACCCCACCAGCCUCUCAGGUGUACUCGCUCAAAGCCAAGCGGGUGGGAGCUGGUUUCCCUAAAGGCUCCAGCCUCUUCCAGACGGCCACUGAGCUGAUGGCGAGGACAGAGGGACCAGGCCCACAGCCUGUGCUGAAAGGUGAGGAGGAGGUCCCCAGGCAACCGCAAGUCCUCCAAGAUGACAGGGUGGAGCCCCUCCCUGAGCCCAGAGACACAGAUCCUGGGAGAGCUGAAAGUGGGGGACCCUCUACUAAGAAGAAGGCCAAAGACUCCAAGGGCAGCCCCCCAGCCAAGCCCCGGGCCAAGAAGCAGCAGCUCCUGGCCGAGGCGGCCCGCAAGGACUCCCAGAGCAUCACCCGCUUCUGCCAGAGGGUGGAGGGGCCCCCACCAGCCCCAGAGAAGAUCACAGGGGAGCCCCCCAGCGAGGAGCCAAGCGCCCAUCCACAUGAUGGCCAGCCACCCCCUGCAGCUGAUCCCAUGCCCCCACAGGAGACCCAGAGGGGCAAGCAUCCCAGACCGCAGCAGGACCCAGAGCCCCUGGCUAAGAAGAGGCCUCGCCCCUCAGCCAAGCCCUUCGUUUCUGCUGAGGCCACGGGCAGCAUCCCAGCUGGGGACCAAGAGCCCUUGCAGCCCGCAGCCCAAGGCCCCUGCCAGCCCCCAGCCCCCAGCAUCUCUCUGAAGGAGGCUGCGGGUGUGGUGGUCAAGUGCCUCACCCCUUUCUACAAGCAGGGCAAGUUUGCAUCCAAGGAGCUGUUCAAAGGCUUUGCCCGCCACCUCUCACACCUGCUGACGCAGGAGGCCUGCCCUAGAGGAAGUGUGACAGAAGAAGCUCAGAACCUCAUCAGGCAGUUCUUUCACGGCCGAACCCGGUGUGAGAGUGACGCAGACUGGACGGGCCUGUGCCGGCCCCAGCGAUGA